UGCCUUCAAUUCUUCAGAAUCGAAACCGAUUGCAAAGGGGAAUCAGGUUCUAAACUCAGAAAUUGAAGGAGCCGCGGAGUUGCUUAGAAAAGCAGAGAGGCCUCUAAUUGUGUUUGGUAAAGGGGUUGCCCAUGCGAGAGCAGAGAAUGAACUGAGGAAGCUAGUGGAAACCACUGGAAUCCCAUUCUUGCCUACGCCAAUGGGAAAAGGCUUGUUGCCAGAUACCCAUGAGCUUGCACCAAGUGCAGCUAGGUCGCUUGCUAUUUGGUAAAUGUGAUGUCGCGCUUGUAGUUGGCUCUAGGCUUAAUUGGCUGUUGCACUUUGGAGAGCCUCCCAAGUGGUCUAAGGAUGUGAAAUUUAUACUGGAGGAUAUUUGUAAGGGUGAGAUUGAGCUAAGGAAACCACAUUUGGGUUUGGUCGGAGACGCAAAAAAGGUGUUGGAAUUGAUCAAUAAGGAGAUCAAGGACGACCCCUUUUGUUUGGCGAAGAAUCAUCCGUGGGUGGAAGCGAUUUCCAAGAAAGCAAAGGAGAAUGUGUCUAGAAUGGAGGCUUAGUUGGCGAAUGAUGUUGUGCCAUUUAAUUUCUAGACGCCCAUGAGGAUAAUUAGAGAUGCUAUUUUGGGAGUGAGGAGCCCAGCUCCAAUAUUGGUGGCAGAGGGGCCUAAUACGAUGGAUGUUGGGAGAGCUGUGUUGAUUCAGACAGAGCCUAGGACUAGGUUGGAUGCUGGCACUUGGGGGACAAUGAGGGUUGGGUUGGGUUGGGUUAUUGCAUUGCAGCUGCAGUAGCUGAGCCUGAUCGACUUAUAGUUGCAGUUGAAGGCGACUCUGGAUUUGGGUUCAGUGCCAUGGAAGUUGAGACGUUGGUUAGCUACCAGUUACCUGUGGUUGUGAUAGUUUUUAAUAAUGGUGGUGUAUACGGCGGUGAUCGGAGGAGCCCUGAAGAAAAAACAGGGCCAUUCAAAGGUGAUCCAGCACCCACUUCUUUUGUCCCUGGCGCUGCUUAUCAUAUUCUUAUCGAAGCUUUUGGGGGCAAAGGUUAUCUAGUUGAGACACCUGAUGAACUUAAGCCUGCCCUUGCUGAAUCUUUUUCUGCAAGAAAGCCAACUGUGAUAAAUGUUACUAUCGAUCCUUAUGCUGGUGCAGCAAGUGGGAGGCUGCAGCAUAAGAGCUAAGGUAGACUACACCUGUCUUUGUGUUAUUCUCUGUGCAUUUGUUGCUGUGACCAAGCUGCUACUGUAAUUGUACUGCUUAAAACACAUGCAUGCAUGCGAUGUUGUUGGUUCAGAUGUUCUGCUGGCAUGCAUGUAGAAGAAGUAUGUUGUCAUUCACAAUAGGGUGAGCCACAUUUGAUUUGUAGUUUUCUGGCAUAGAAUCAUGACAUGAUAAUAGAAUUUGGUGCAAGUAGAGUUGUAAGUUCUGGAGAGCUACCAUAAAUUUGAUAAAUGAUUAUGUAAAUUGACAAUGCCCCUCGGAAAGUGAUGUCAAUUUGAGUGUUUCCAUCAUAAAUGUAGCUUUUCAUUUUAUUUUCUGUUGAAAGACUUGCUAAUCUUUUCAGUGUAGCAGCUACUCGUGAUGCAACAAGAGGAGCAUUUUCCUGUUUCUUAAUGGACAAAAUUGGAUUAAUUAUUGAACAUGCUA